AUGAGGAGUAUACUGAGUUUAUAUGUUGUUGGGUUAUCUCGUCAGUCAAGCAAGGAAGGAAAGGCAACUAUGCUGAUAGGGGAUAUUUACUUAGCAAGAUUUAUGAUCCAUCUACAACAAGUUGAGGAGGAUAAGUUGAAGGAUAGAGAAGAGUUUAAGGAUAAGAGGAGUAAGAUAGUAGGGAACGAGUUUAGGCAGCAAAAAAAUGAUGCUAAUCAGUCAUCCCUCCCACAGAAACAGGAGGGACCUACUUCACUAUCUCCUAGUGCACUUACACCUGAGAACAAAGAUGGGUGCAAUAGAAGUUCCUAUAGUUUCAGGGCUAGACUUGCAUAUCCUCAAGGCAGUAUGUGUCCAAAGAGCAGGCAAUGUAGUGGAAAUCUGGGCAAAAGGGCCCAAUCUUCAUCAGUUGCUCCCCCAGACAGGAUGGUACCUAAAAGAGCUACUUCUAGUACUGGCGGAGGAGCAAACCGCCUCUAUGCAAUCAACAGUCGCCAAGGGCAAGAGGGUUGUCACUGGUAUGAUUCGAGUCUUUGA